AUGCGCACCCCCUUGAAGUUUGCUUCCGCGAUAGCCCUCCUGACCGCGCAGUUCCAGGGCAUGGACCGCGUGCUGCGCUCCGGCGCAUCAUUCAGCUCAUGGGACGGCACCGUGUAUCGCGUGAAGGACCCGAACUUCAACUUCCCCGCGCUUGUCCAGAGGAGCGUAGAGGAGGAACGCGAGGAGUGGACAGACGAUGAAGACAACGACUACGACCUCAUAGAGGGCGAAGACAGCGACGCGGAGGACGUAUCCUCGUCCGCCCCUCCCCCUCCCCCACCCCCUAUCCCUCCAUCGGCGCAUCGUAGUGGGCAAAAACAUCACGCGAACAAGCGCAGCAAGGCCGUUCGCCAGCGCAAGCGCAAGUUAGCUCAGGAGGCGCUGGACGCGAUAGACGCGGAUCCCGAAGUCCGGCAGGCGACGCGCCGCAAACAUGUGGGCGCCGCGGAACCAAUUGCGCGACCCGCCGCGCUGGAACACCUCCCCGUCACCAAGACGGGGUAUACGGCCAAGCGCGAGCCUCAGCGGGGGCGGGCGCAGCAUCGCACAUACAGGCUGGAGGACAUGGUGGGGCCGGACUCGAUGUACAAGUUCGACUUGGUGCGGUGGGAAGGGCGCAAGACCGUGCCGUACGUCACACCCGGUGAUGAGCGCGUCUUCAUGAUCCUUGCGGGGCGUCCGGCGCCCCCGGAGGGCGGCGCAACGGAGGCAAAUAGUUACGACGCGGACUUGGACGACCUCGCCGACCUCAUCGAGGAAACCGCCCCGCAGCUGUCCCUGACCACCCAUCAGCGCCGUCAUCGUCGCGGCGUAUUCCCCGCCACCGCCCACGGGCAUGCCUAUGGCGGCGGUCGCAAGGAGCCCAUGAACAUUGUGGAGAAGCCGGCUAACGUGCCACUCUUUCGCAAGCUGCUACAACAUCGCGGGAUGAAGCGCAUCGCUGGGUACUCCACCGGCGUGGCUACUGGGUGGGCACCUAAGCUGGUCAGGUUCUACCGGCAGUACGGCAAGGCCGUCCGCUCCAGAUACCCCCACCUCAAGCGCAACUUCCGCCAUGGCGUUUGGGCUGCCCUUACCAUCAACUACGGGCCACGCACCAUCACGCUCCCUCACCGCGACUUCGCUAACGUUCCUUGGGGCUGGUGCCCCAUCACUGCCCUCGGCCGCUACGACCCGCGACGCGGUGGCCACCUCAUCAUCUGGGAGCUCAAACUCGUUAUCGAGUUCCCACCGGGCGCCACGAUUAUCAUCCCCUCCAGCGUGCUCACGCACUCCAACGUGGCGGUCGGGCGUAAUGAACGCCGUUAUUCGGUUACCCAGUAUACGGCUGGGGGGCUCAUGCGGUGGGUCGACCAGGGGUUCCGCACGAAGGAGGCCUUCGUGGCUACGCUCAGCCCGCAGGAGCGCCAGCAACAGGAGACGAGGGCGGCGGGGCGGUACCGUGAAGGCCUCGCUAUGUUCUCGACGUUGUCGGAGCUGCGCUCGCUGGCUGCACGUAGUGGCACCGCUGAUGAAGCCUCUGAAUUGUCUGACUUGACUGAUCUCGAGGACAGCAGCUCUGUCGUCAAGCAAAACACGUACGGGUAUGGCCAUUGCCGCAUCUCCCAGUUCGACAAAGCAAACCGUGAACAUAUACUGGCUUGGCAAUAUAACUUAAAUGCAGUGCGCGACCGUCUCUACUACGAACAUCGGGAGUUCAUGCAAGCUCUGCCGCCAGCUCAACGUUGGUUUAUCGCCAUCUGCAGGAGAGUGCCCGCGUCUUGCCUCUCACCUGGUCUCCCGCCGCCUCUCGCCCAAAUCUCGCCCAUGUCGUCUGCGCCGCUGGAACCUCCGCCUUCGCAACGGCCUACGACGUCGUCGCCGACGCCUGGGGCCGCUACGCCCCCCUCCCGGUCGCACCCGGGUCAGCCUCACGAAAAGUCGGCGACCUCAUCGACGACGCCGCCGGCGCAUCCGCCACCCGCCAACGCCUCACGACCCCCUCUUCCUCGGCGCCAGCCGCAGCCGUCACCACCACCGCCAGGCUCACGACGCAAGAGGAAGCGCAAAAGUCGCGCAAAGCCGAAAAAAGAGCGUAACAGUCGCAAAAACUGGGCGGAGGGCGUGCGCAAGGAAAUUCUCCAGAAGUACGUCCCGCUGUACGUCGACGCGCUUGCCCAAUCCUGGGAGGCGGCGCAGGCGGUCAUCCAUGCUGCCUGCGCGGAGUACCACGCGCUGUUCCCCUGGUGGCUAUCCGACGACGACGAUCCUGACGAGCCGCUGCCGGACUACGACCCCAAGAAUCCCCCCGUGAUGCCGCCGUUGAGCGCUGAGGAGGAGAAGACGCGGUCAGCGAUUUUGACGCAGCGCAACGCCGCCAUCCAUCGCUGGAUCCACUGGCGGGCCAAGAAAUUGCCUGGCUAUCGCCAUCGCUACCGCGCUAGCCCGAACAACCCAUACGACCGCUUGAUGGUCGAGCUCACUGGCUUGAGCGCCAAAGGCGCAAAGAAGGCGCUCCAGCCUAUCCAGCAGUACUCCGUCGAGCACCCGGAACUCGUCGCCGCCGCGAACAGCGCGUUCGAAGAAGAGAAGGCUCGGGGCGGCGGCUCUGUCAUUAUAGACAAGAAAAGCUACACCAAGCGCCCUAUCAACUACCUCAUGAAGGAGCUGAAGAAGACGUUUGACCCGUUGCCCGCGGAUGAGAAGAAGGCUUACGGGGAGCGCGCGCGCGCUUUUGCUAAGGCGGAGAAGGAGCGGUGGGAUAACGCCUUCAAGUCGGCGCCAAAGCGCGACCCGAAGUCCAUCCUGCACUUUACGAUUGGGAAGAACAAGAUGCACCUUCCCUUCGCCCUUUUCGACGAGCCGAGAUUCCAGAAGGACGUGCUCGGAUUCUUCGGCGAGUAUCUCGAUACCGUCUGGUCGGAUGAUGAAUGUGCGGCCGCGGCAAUGCCACCCGAUGAUGAGCCCACGGAGCCCGUCGCUGCUGCCGACGAGCAUUCUGGACCGCUCGGGUGUACGCGCUUCACCGAGGAGGAGGUGUCGGACAGCUCCAGCGACGAUGACUCUGAUGACUCCAGCGGGUCAUCAACCGACGACGACGACCACAACGACCAGCGCGACACGCCACGGCCACGCAGGAAGCGCAUGCGUCGCACUGCCGCCGCCGGGUCGUCCAGCAACAAGCACGUGCUCGCCCCGCCGUCAAUGACGAGUGCGACGUUCGACCCUCAACGUGCUUACCGAACGUUCGCGGACGACAACGCGCCUCCUACGGAGCAAGGGCAUGCCCGCUACGCUUGGGAGCUCGAGAAGUUCACUCGUACCAUCCGAGCAAUGUCCUGGCAGGGCGAGUCGCAGAGGCGCCAGUACGAGCAGCUGCUCCUGGAGUGGAAGGAUCGACACUACGUCGAUGUGAGCAGCGGCGUAUUCUACGGCCUGCUAGAUGCGCCUCAAUCGAGCGCUCGCAACGCUUCCGGGAGCGGCGGCUCGAGCGUGGGCGACCAUGCCGAAGCCCGUCCGGGCCUUUCAACGUCGCAGCCUUUCGACAUGGAGCGCUCGCAGCAGACUUUCACGGACGACAAUCCGCCGCCGAUUGAAUUGGGCGCAGCGCGCUUCGCCUGGGAGCUGGAGAAGUUCGACCGCAGCAUCGUUCGCCUUUCGUGGAAGGGUCCUCAGGAGAAGCAACGCUACGAGCAGCUCAUGCAGUCGUGGCGUGCAACUCACUACGUCGAUACCGCUACAGGUCUCUACGUGGCACAAGCAACUCCUAUCGCGCCGCACCACUCCCCGUCAGACUCGCCAUUGCCUCGUACUGCUUUGCCGCUAGCACCUCGUCCCGCGUCUCCGUCAAUGGCGCAGACGUCAUCGCACCGCGCGACACCAGUGCCUCCUGAGCAGCAGUCACAGCCCUCGCCUGUUCAGUCGACCCCUCCCCGUCCCGCCGUCUUCUCGCCCGCGCAGGCACCACCGCGUCUUGCAACGCCCUCGCCCCACGACUCGCAGGCGCAGCUGUCGCGUGCUCAGUCGUUGACUCUGUCUCGUCCCGCAUCCCCUUCAUCCGCGCAUUCAGCAUCCCGUCCCACGGCGUCGACGCUUUCCACACCGCCACCUCGACCUUCCACUUCACCGAUGGCGUCACCCCUUCUUCCCAAGCCCGCUUCAUCACUCGCUGUCCCUGCCAGUGCGUUGAAUAAGCCUCAGGCUGCGUGGUUCGUGGACGCCUGGCGCUAUAUCGCCCAGGACUUCGGCACGGCUUGGGGGACGCUUCUGUCCCGUUACGCUCAAUGGGAAGAGGUGAACGGGUACACCAACGCGCGGAAGCCACUUCCAAUGUUGAACAGGCGUCCAAAGGAGGUAGCGACGUGGAUUGCGAAUGCGCGAUGGACGCGGGGAAACAGCGGCGAGCCGAAUCCCAAGGAUCGUAGCUUUGCGCGGCGCAUACUCCGUGGCUGGUGGGCUUGGUACCGGUGUCUCAUGCCCAGUUGGAGACAGGCUACGCAGGAGGGCGACGUUCUGGAGCCACUCCAGGACAACGUCGCACAAUUCGAUAUGGGCAAGCUGGAGACUACCGGGAUCAAUGGUGUGUAUAAUCUGAUUGUUCUCUUGAAGUGGGUGAAGGAGGGCGUGGACAGUCCUGUCGCGGGCAGUGACUCUAUCAUCCACCCCGAGCUGGAUCAGGAGUGGCAAUUGGCGGUGCGCGAUUUGUCUGGUAUGCUGGAUAGGAUGUAUGUAAAGAAGAAGGCCCAGUAUUAG